AUGGGGCAAGUUGAAGCAGGAGGGGACGAGUGCGGCCCCGGUUCAGCUGAGGAUGAUGCUGCACUGCAGCUGUUUGGGUUUGCAGACGGAGCAGCAGCAGCAGCAGCAGCAGCAGCAGCAAAUGCUGCUGCUCCUGUGGUAGGGGGGGGCGAUCCAGCGAUGGCCUCGGAGGGUCGCGGCCUCUCUGUGGGGCAGGGCGUAGCAGCCAGCCCGCUGCAGCAGCAACAGCAGCAGCAGCAGCAGCAGCAGCUGGGCGCCUCCUUAGGCUACGUGUACGAGGGGUGUCUGCAGCAACAGCAGCAGCAGCUUCAACAGCAGCAGCAGCAGCUCCAGCAGCAGCAGAUGCACAAGCAGCUGGCGCAGCAUGCCCAACUUCAGCAGAUGACACAGCAGCCCCUUCAGCAGCAGCAGCAAUUGCAGCAGCAGCAGUUGCAGCAGCAGCAGUUGCAGCAGCAGCAGUUGCAGCAGCAGCAGCUUCAGCAGCAGCAGUUGCAGCAGCAGCAGCUUCAGCAGCAGCAGUUGCAGCAGCAGCAGCUCCAGCAGCAGCAGCUCCAGCAACAACAGUUGCAGCAGCAGCAAUUGCAGCAGCAGCAGUUGCAGCAGAAACAGCUGCAACAACAGCAAUUGAAACAGCAGCAGCUGCAGCACUUGCAGCAGCCAGAUAUGCAGCAGCAGUUAUUGCGGCAACAGGAGCAGCUGCAGCAGCAGCAUUUUCAGCAGCAGCAAUUGCAGCAACUGCAUCAGCAUCACCUGCAGCCGAUGUUGCAGCAGCAGCAGCUACAGCAGCAACUGCAGCAGCAGCCGCUUCAGCAGCAGCAGUUGCAGCAGCUGCAGCUGCAGCAUUUGCAGCAGCAGCAUUUACAGCAGCAACAUUUGCAGCAACUGCGACAGCAGCAGUUGCAGCAGCAGCAUCUCCAGCAGCAGCAGCAGCAGUUGCAGCUGCAGCAGCAAGGCCAGUCCGCAGGAGAUGCGGCGGUGGCACCUCAGCUGUUGCAGCACCAGCUGCAGCAGCAGCUUCAGUUACAGCAGCAGCUGCAUCAGCAGCAGUUGCAGCAGCAGCAGCAGCUGUUGCAGCAGCACCUUGCUGCGGCGAGCGGAAAUCCCCAGCAGCAGCAGCUGAUCCAUCAGCAGUUUAUGCGGCAGCAGCAGAUUCGUCAACAGCUGCAGCAGCAGCAGCUGCAGCAGUUGUUGUUGCAGCGUCAGCUGCAGCAGCAGCAUCCUUUGCUGGCAGCUCAGCAGCAGCAGAAUCCGUUUUUGCAGCAGCAGCAGCAGCAGCAGUACCUGCAGCAGCUGCAGCAGCAGCAGAUGUUGCAGCGUCAGCAGCAGCAGCUUUUGCAGCAGCAGCAGCAGCAGCCGCAGCAGCAGCAGCAGAGUGGGUUCGCGGACCAGGGUUCCUCUGCAGCGGCUGCUGCAGCUGCCGCUGGCGCAGCCCCAGGCGAGGGCUCCCGCCAAGCAGCAGCAGCGGGGGCGGCGGGUGGCGGAAGCGGCGCAGCAGCAGCAGGAGCAGCAGCAGCAGGAGCAGCAGCAGCAGGAGCAGCAGGAGCAGCAGGAGCAGGAGCAGCAGGAGCAGGAGCAGCGAAGGCUGAGGAGGACGGUGACGAGACGUGGGACCCGUCGGGUGCGGGUAAGCGCGUUGGAGGGGGCGCAGCAGCAGCAGCAGCAGCAGCGGCAGGCGGUUGGGUGGGUAGCGGGGGUUCCGUGAGCAGCAGCAGCAGCAGCCGGCGUCGUCGUCCGCGUGUGCAGGCGCGUGAGGCGUACUACGCGUCGCACCUGCCGCGCAGCAGCAGCAGCAGCAGCAGCAGCAGCAGCAGCAGCAGCAGCAGCGGCGCAGCGGCGGGGGAGCGCAGCGGGUUCAGCCUGCGUUCGCGGAGCAGCCGCGUGGACUACGUGAACCUGGCGUGCGACGCGGAGGAGCUGGAGGAGGGCGAAGAGGACACGGACAGCAGCAGCAGCAGCAGCAGCAGCAGCAGCAGCAGCAGCAGCAGCAGGUACGGCGCAGCGCGCGGCGCCGGCGGCGAGGAAGCAGGGGCCGUUGCAGGCAAAGUCGUCGACAGAGUCCUCGACUUUAGAACUAGAGAAGAUGGAGAAGAAGAGUAUUUAAUCAAGUGGCUGGGCCUCGCCCACGUGCACAACAGCUGGGAGACCUUCGCGGCCAUUCAGCCGCUGCUGGGCAUCAAAAAACUCCUCAACUUCCUCAAAAGAAGAGACAAAGAACGCGAGGCCAAACUCCACAUGUCUCCCGACGAGAUCGAGCAGAUCGAGAUCGAAAAGCAAAUGCAGAAGCAGCUGGAUGAAGACGCGCUGCAGGCUGAACGCAUCGUCUACAGGUGGUACGCUGCUGCUGCUGCUGCUGCUGCUGCUGCUGCUGCUGUUCUUGCUGCUGCUGCUGCUGGUGUUGGUGUUGUUGUUGUUUGGCUGUUGAGGAGCAGUUGCUUUGCGAGGCGAGCAGCGACGACCACCGCCGUUGCUGCUGCUGCUGCUGCUGCUCCGCAGCAGCAGCAGCAACAGCAACAGCAGCAGCAGCAGCAGCAGCAGCAGCAGCAGCAGCAGGAGGAGGAGGAGGAGGUGCGUGUUUGGGUGCAGGGAAGAGAGCCAGAAGGGGGGGAAGGUGUACAUCGUGAAGUGGCGGAGCAGCCCCUACGACCGGUGCACGCAGGAGAGCCACGAGACUCUGGAGAAGCACAACUUCUUGCCCUUAGUUGCUGCUUACGAUGCACGACUGAGUCGUGCAAAGGCCAAGCUCCAGCGGGCCCUCACCGACCCCGCGGCCUUCCGCCCCAUCACUGCCACCGCCUUCGUCCCUUACCUCCAGACCCCUCCCUACAUGAACCUCCGACCGCCCCCAGAAGAGGCCGACGAGGACCCCGAACCCUGCAGCAGCAGCAGCAGCAGCAGCAGCGAGGCGGCUGUCAAGCCCGAGCAGCAGCAGCAGCAACAGCAGCAGCCGGCCCCCACCUCCUCCCCCACCAACAGCAGCAGCAGUGCUGCUCCUGCUGCUCCUGCUGCUGCUCCUGCUGCUGCUGCUGCUGCUGCACCGCAGCAGCAGCAGCAGCAGCAGCAGCAGCAGCCACAGCAGCAGCAGCCGCAGCAGCAGCUGCGCGACUACCAGCUGACUGGGGUGAACUGGGUCUUGUCUCGCUUAAAAAGAGGAGUAUCUGUGCUAUUAGCAGAUGA